AUGGGGAAGGUCGCGUGGAGGAAGGUGGUGGCGUACUUCUUCCCUUCCGGCUUCUCGAGCCCUCUUGGGUGCAUGAGGGCGUGGGAGGGUGACGACGGGUUGGACAGGAAGACUCUGGUUGAUGGCGACGAGAUGGCGAAACUCAAGGACGUUUUCGGAGGAAAGAAGACGCUGGCUUUCCAUCUUGAACCGAAGGUGUCCCUUCUCCUCGACUCGCUUCUUCUUCUUCUUCUUCUUCCUCUCUCUCUCUCUGUCUCUCUCUCUCCAUAUCUCUCUCUCCCCUAUCUCUCUCUCUCAAUCUCUAUCAGCACCAUUACUUCUUUUUCUUCUUCUUGUACUAUUGCUACCACUAUUAUUCCGAUUUUAAUCCUUUCUCUCUCCCUCCCUUCCUCUAUCAGUACCUUCUUCUUCUCCUAUUACGAUGGCUUUAAUCCCCACUCUCUCUGCAUCAUCAUCGUCGCUCCCCUUCUUCUUCUACUAUUCAAGAGUCACCUCUCCCUCUCCCUCGCUAAUGGCUUCGUCUGUGCGCAGAUUGUAGUUCUGAGAGUGUCCAUGCACUGCCGUGGCUGUGCGAGGAAGGUCUGGAAGCACAUAUCCAAGAUGCAGGGUACCCCCUUCUUCUCUUUCCAUUCUCCCCAUCUCCAUCAUCCAUCGCAUGACUCCCAUACUCUCUCUCUCUCUCUCUCGAAACCUGUCUUCUUUAUUUAUUUAUUCCUUCAUUUUUAUACUCAUUUAUAGGAGUGACGUCAUUCGAGGUGAACCUGGAGAGCAAGAGGGUGGUGGUGAUAGGGGACGUCUCACCCUUCGAGGUCUUGGCCAGCGUUUCCAAGGUGAAGUCUGCACAACUCUGGAUAGCCCCCUAG